AUUUCUGCAAGCACGGUAGGGAUCGCAAUAGCAAAGCAAUAGAUCAUUGUCACAUCCCCAUCGUGACCUUAAACAAUGUUCUAUAAAAAGAGUGAAAUCAUUGACCGCGGUUUCAGUCGAUCACCGCUUCUCAGAUCCAAAUUCGCGAUUAGGAAUUGCCUCAGCAGCGCAGAGGUUAGCCUGGUCGUAGAAAAAUAAAAAAGAUGUCGCCGAAACAGGACGAAAAGGCCGAUAGCCGGGCUUACAGCAACGACGGGUAUGUCAGCGAUUCGAACGAGAAAUCCAACGCGAAAACUAACGGGAAAAACAAUCAUUCGAUAGACUUUUUGAAAAAGGGAGUUCCGAAAGAGCUUGAAUCCGGAAAUGAUAGCGUCGUGGAAAAGGGAGAACCGUUCGAAUUCGACGACUUGUUACCUUACUUGGGCGAGUUCGGCAGGUAUCAGAAAAUCUUGUUUUUGCUGAUGAUACCUUUCGCGUUUUUUGUGGCAUUUGUUUAUUUUACUCAGAUCUUCAUCACGAUCCUUCCUGAGAAGUAUUGGUGUCGAAUACCAGCUCUUGCUAAUCUUACUGUUGAAGAAAGGUUGGCCUUGGCCAUACCAGAAGGACACGGCGGUUAUGACAGAUGCAGAAUGUAUGACGUGAACUUCACGGAAGUGCUCAGGAGCGGAGUGAAAGAAGCGGAUCCUAGGUGGAAUACGGUAGCCUGCAAAUAUGGGUGGGAGUACGACUUCAGCGUGGUACCGUACGCUUCGAUUUCGUCAGAGUUAAACUGGGUCUGCGAGAACUCCGCUCUGCCUACUACAGCCCAGGCGAUAUUUUUCUGCGGCGCCAUCCUAGGCGGCCUCGUCUUCGGAUGGAUGGCUGAUAGAUAUGGAAGAGUGCCUGCCCUAAUGGGUUGCAAUUUGGUUGGAUUAUUGGGAGGAGUCGCCACCGCUUUCUGUCACUCGUUUUGGGCAUUCUGUGUCUGUAGAUUUCUGGUGGGAAUGGCCUUCGACAACUGUUUUACUAUGAUGUAUAUCUUGGUUUUGGAAUAUGUUGGACCAAAAUGGAGGACCUUCGUAGCCAAUAUGUCUAUAGCGAUAUUCUUCACUUUUGCUGCCUCUAUAUUGCCAUGGAUAGCCUAUUACUUAGCCGACUGGAGAUUGCUUUGCUAUGCCACAUCUGCGCCUUUGGUAAUCGCUAUAUUCACCCCAUGGUUGGUACCUGAAUCCGCUAGAUGGUUGGUAUCGCAAGGGCAGACGAAAAAGGCCAUAGACAUACUGAAAAGAUUCGAGAAAGUGAAUAAAACUCAUAUUAGUGAGAAAAUAUAUGAACAAUUUCGUAUUUCCUGCGAAAAAGCCCAACAAGCCGAAAACAUGGAAAGGAAAUAUACCGUUAUAGACCUUUUCAAAACACCACGACUACGAAAAAUCACCUUAAUUCUGGUUGUCCUAUGGAUGGCUAUAUCCUUGGUGUUCGAUGGACACGUAAGAAAUGUGGAAACGCUCGGUCUAAACACCUUCUUAACCUUCACCAUAGCCUCCGCCACUGAAUUUCCUGCUGACACGUUUCUGACGUUUGUCCUGGACAUUUGGGGAAGAAGAUGGCUAGCUGCUGGAUCAAUGAUCGUCAGUGGUAUCUUUACGCUAUUUGCUAUUGCUGUACCUUUAGGUAUUCCGUCUGCAACAUUAGCCAUCAUGGGUAGAUUUGCUAUCAACAUAUCAUAUAACAUUGGACUCCAAUACGCAGCCGAGAUCCUGCCUACUGUAGUCAGAGCACAAGGCGUCGCUCUCAUUCAUAUCAUGGGAUAUGUUGCCAGUAUUAUAGCACCGUUUGUUGUAUAUCUAGCAAAUAUAUCCACAUCUUUCCCUCUUCUAAUUCUCGGAGUGUUGGGUAUCUUAGGAGGACUGUUAGCACUAUUCUUACCAGAAACUCUAGAUCAAGAACUACCACAGACAUUACAAGACGGAGAAAACUUUGGAUUAGGCCAAAAGAUGUGGGACUUCCCGUGCAUAAAGUCGAGAGAAGCAGAAGAGCCUACCGAAGAGUUCUAUAGAGCAACUUCAGCAACACUGUCAAGAAGAUCGACCAGAGCUUCUUUCAGAGGUGAAGCAAGAUCCAGCAUGUUGAACAGGGCAUCUAUUAGAUCUCGAAAAUUAUCGGAAGUUCCAGAUAAUAAGGCCUAAGCUUAAGAAGUAUUUUUUUACAUGUAAUAGACUGUGAUUUUAUUAUUAUUUUUCUUCUUAAAACGACACAGGACUGAUAUGAGAGAGUUAUCAAUAACAAUUAAAUGUGAAUGUGAAAAGGCUUGUAAGAUUCUGAUUGUACAAAAACUAACUCAGUACAAAACUGAUUCUAAUUCAGUACAAAAAAUGUGCCAAUAGUAUGUUUCCUUUACUGGUGAUUUAUUCAAUUCUGAACACCAUUCAAGAUAGAGGGUGUGCAUAUUUUUGAUAUUUAGAUCAGUUGCUUGAUAUCUGGAGGCACAAUUUUGUAAUCGAGAAUAAUGGUUUUUAUACCUUGGAAACAUUUUGAUGUGUGAUAUGGCGUCAUCACGUCGCUCUUUACUUAUUUUGUUAGAUGGUGGAUGUUUGCCACGUUGAUCGGCUUGCAGAAAUCCUUCCUUAGACAGUUUAUUACAUACAGUAUUAAAUCUGCGAUUAGUUAUUCCUAGAAGUUUUAAAAAUAAUGUUUUGCAGACUCUAAAGCCCAUCAGGAGAAUAUGGGUGACAAAUUCUUUGUUAUAGCGUGCCUCGUGCCUCAGCUUUUACCCUCUUGGGAGGGACUUUCUUAAUGCAGGAACCAAUGUAAUUUGUUUAUAAGUCAUAUGUCUGAAGUUCAUAAAACUUUGUAAAAAUACUUAUUGCAUUAUUUUCUAAUAUUUUCAUACAGUCGUACCUGCUGUCAUGCUUCCAAAACUCCAUUCCCCUUUUUUUGAUGGUUUUACCUUUUUUCGUUUUAUAUUCGGUUCCACUUAUUCUUGCUUUCUUUGCCUUCAUUCGUUUCCAUUCGUCUUUUUUUACUUGUAUUUUUCGUGUUCUCUUGGGCGUAACUAAAAAUCUGUGUGUUAUUUUGUGCACCGUGAAUUAAACAAUAUAAAAACUUUACCAUGAAUCAGAGCUGACGUCGCCUCAAAACCACUAUUUCAUACCAAUAUGAUAGGAUUGAGAUUAUCGUCACCUUCGUCCUCGGAUGAAGAGUCUGAAGGUGGUUCAUAAUAUUCACUGUUAUACUCAUCAGUGGCAUAUUAUAGAUCCGAAUCACCAUCAGAAUCAUGUUUAUCAGGUUUAUAGACUUGUUUAAUCCUACAAAAUAUAAAAACAUUGUAGGGGUUAAUGUUUGAAAAUCAACAAAAUUUAUUUUAAUGAAUGAUUGUGUAAUACUUAAAUAUAUACCUAACAAAUUGGUACUGACUUACUUUUAGCACAUUUGCGUUUAUCACUGCUAUGAUUAUCACUCAUUUUAAAGUUGAUAAAAUUAAAAUUAGACGAGAACCGGUAUUAGCAAUAUAAAACUAAAACAAAAGAAUAUAACCUAAUAUAUAACAUGAUUUAGCGCCAAAAAGUUUGCCGCAAACGUUUGGAGGCAAAACGGAACAAAUGUGUUUGAAUUUACCCGUUUGCCACCAACGUUUUCUACAUUUUUAUUUUUAUGUAAUUUUCACUAGUCAAUAGAUGGCACCAUAUGUACUAAAUUCAUUCUACUAUGCAGGGUGUAACAAAAAUACAGGUCAUAAAUUUAAUCACAUAUUCUGGGACCAAAAAUAGUUCGAUUGAACCUAACUUACCUUAGUACAAAUGUGCACAUAAAAAAAGUUAUAGCCCUUUGAAGUUAGAAAAUAAAAAUCGAUUUUUUCGAAUAUAUCGAAAACUAUUUGAGAUAUUUUAUUGAAAAUGGACAUGUGGCAUUCUUAUGGCAGUAGUAUCUUAAGAAAAAAUUAUAGUGAAUUUAAGACACCCCAUAAAAGUUUUAUGGGGGGUUUGUUCCUUUAAACCCCCCCAAACUUUUGUGUCCGUUCCAAUUUAAUUAUUAUUGUAGUACCAUUAGUUAAACACAAUGUUUUAAAAACUUUUUGCCUCCUAGUACUUUUUCGAAAAGUCGAGUUUUUAUCGAGAUAUUUGAUAUUUUGAAUAUUUGUCAAAUCCACCACAUAUUUGCUUAUGGUUAAGUACGAUUAUGGAGACUUGGUAAUAAUAUGAAAAUUUAUUUAUGAUUUACAUUUUUAGGUAUAUUUUGAACCAUAUUAAAAAAGAGGCCACAUCUCGAUAAAAGGUGCCUUAUCGUAAAAAUACAAAGAGACAAAAAAGUUUUAAAAACACUGUGUUUAACUAAUGGUAUCGCAGUAAUAGUUUAAUGGAACGUACACAAGCAUUUUGGGGGUUUAAAGGAACAAAACCCCCCUAAAAUUUUGAUGUAAACAUAUUAAAAAAGAAGCCGCAACUCGAUAAAAACUGCCUGAUCGAAAAUAUACGAAGAGCCAAAAAAGUUUUAAAAAUAUUGAAUUUAACUAAUGGUACCACAAUAAUAAUUUAAUUAGAACGUACACAGAAGUUUGGGGCGGUUGAAGGGAACAAAACCCCAAUAAAAUUUUUAUGGGGUGCACAAAUUUUACUAUAAUUUUUCUUUAAGAUGUUCCUGCCAUAAGAUUGCCACAUGUAAAUUUUCGUUAAAAAAUCUCGAAUAGUUUUCGAUAUAUUUGAAAAAAUCGAUUUUCAUUUUGUAACUUCAAAGGGCUGUAACUUUUUUAUGUGCAUAUUAGUACUAAGGUAAGUUAGGUUCAUUCGAACUAUUUCUGUUCGCAGAAUAUGUGAUUUAAUUUAUGACCUGUAUUUUUGUUACAUCCUGUAUAAUUUGGUAUUUUAACUACAUACUCAAUUCUGCACAUAACUAAUUUUAUGGAAAAUAUGCACUUGUACCCUCUUCCUUCUAACCCCUUAAAUUAUUCUUUUCUCUGCAAAUCUGUUCUGAACAAAUUUGUGAUUGGUUGAUAAGGUGAUUGCCAGAAUUUAUCUAUUCUAUUUGCAGUCGCAUAGUUUUCAUUUACUCAGCUGAAGCUGAUGUAAAAGCAACAAAAAUGUACAAAACAAUAGGUACCUACCUAAUAAGUACAUAUUUAUUUGUAAAAAGGUUCUGAAAGUCUUUUCUUGAGGCAUAUCUAAGUUAAAUAUUAUGUUUUUGUGGGAUUAAGCUACAAUUCACUCCGAAUAUUGUUUUCAAAAAACAUUUCAAAAAAAUAAUGAGGUGUUUUUUUAUAAACGAAAGUUAUAAAAAUAAUCCUAUGAUACUACAUAUAAAUAACAUUGUUAUUUAUAGUAUCAAGUAUCAUGCAUAAUCCUAAACAACUUUGGGUUAAAAAAACAACAGGUAAACAUGUAAUUUCCAUUAGAAUCAAUUAUUGUGGUUUAAUCCGCUAAAUAUAAAUAUAAUAUUAUUUAUUUUUAUCUAACAUAUAUUUUGGACUCGCGAGUUGCGUCCUAGUCCUAAUUACAGUUUCCUGUAAAAAAAUCAAUACCUCCGAACAACAACCGUUCAUUCCACGUUUAGAUGAAACUGUGUAUGUUGUAGGUCAAACAUGGCUUCGUAGUAGAACCAAUAUAAAAUUAAUUUCCUAAUUUACUUUGACAGGUGUGUUUCGCUGUAAAAUUACCUGAAAUUUCGUUGUUUUUAGGUAUCCCUUUCUUCUUCAAUAGUUUUAAGUGUUUGUCAUAGAUGGCGCCACUGUUAGCGUGUCGAUGUAAGAGUGUAAAUUGUUGAAGUAUACUGUUGUUUGGAAAUUCUCCGGCAUCGCUUCUCGGCCUCUGGCUAAGAUCAAAGUGUAGUAUCUGUUCUUAUCAGCUUAAUAUCUGAUACGCCCCGCAUGCGGGGCCAGUAUAUUAAACUGAUUUUUGGAAAUAGAUGGAAGGUUAAGGGGCUUGCUCCACUUCUAUCACGGGUUGGCCCGGUAUUGCAGUACCGCCGGGAUCGGCCCACAAAAAAUAAUCAAAACAUAAAAAAUUACCGCUUUUGAGUUGUCUCCAGUGUCUCCUAGUUAGUGUACACGAAGAUGUCACUUUCAACAUGAGAUUGAGAUGUCAUGUCGUGUCACUGCAGGGUUACCAGGUCUACUGAUUUAAACUUUAAUCUACUGAAAACUGUAUAAAACCUACUGAUUUGAACUCCAAUUUACCGAUCUACUGAAACUUCUACUGAAAAAUCUAAAAAAAUUCAACCUCCAACAACGUGUUAAUCUUUUUUCGUUUCACUUUAACCUAAAUUUCUAUAAACAGUCGGUACCUAUUAUGGGAUGUUUAGAAUUUUCAUGGUACUUAAUAAGGAUGUCAAGUGGCUACAAAGAAAACAUAGGGACUCUUGGGUUGAGAGAUAAUUGCUUUGUUUUCAAUAGACAUAUUAUGUUCCAUGUGUUUCCACUGAUACAACCAAACCAUCGGGUAUUGUGACGCCUUGGAUAAGAUUUAUGAGUAUCUGAUGAAUAGAGGUACAGUUAGGGUCGGUCAGUGAAUAGUUUAGAGGCUGGCCGAUUUUUUUAAAUUUUUACCUCGUUUAAAAUGUACAGUUUGCCAGUGGCGUACCUAGCAUAGGUUGAUUAAAAUUAAAAAAUCAAAAUAAUAAAAAUAUAUUUUACAAAAUUUAACAAACUGGAAAAUAUAGAAAGAAGAUUUUUAGAAAUAAAAUUUAUUAUGGUCUUAAUAUGAUUUAUUUUAUUAUUUUAUUUUUCAACACAUCGCUGAAUAGUUCUACUGUUUUUAUAUAAAAGUAAACUAAGAAUCUGAAAAUUAAAGGAAUAAUGCAGAAAACAUAAAAAAUCGUCGAUAUGCUUAAUUAACCUAUAAAAUGACAGAAGUGCCAAAAUUUCAUAAAUGUCGUAAGUGUGAAAAUUUAAUAACAGUGGAGUAAACUGGCCUGCGGUUGGACCAAUUAGAAACGAGCAUUACGGGGUAAAUUUGAAUCACUCCUCUUGCUUAAAAAAUAAACAAUAGCUUAUUUGAAAGGUUAUUCAAUUAUCUAUUCAGUAAUAUAAACAUCUUCUUCCUUCUUGGAUGUAGGCUUUAAAGCCUGUUUCUUCUUCACUAUUAGCUUCCUAAAUUAUUUAAGUUAUCGCACCAUCUUUUUCUUGGUCUGCCAAUACUUCUUCGUCCAUUUGGUGACUUAUCUCAUGCUAUUCCUACUAUCCUAUCCUCUGCCAUUCUACCAAUGAAUAUAAACAUUAAUACCUACAAUUAUUUAUACAGGGUGUCCAAAAAAAUAAAUAAAUUUAUUGACACAAAUUAAAAGAAGAAUGUAUGCAAUUUAAUUCAAAAUACAUUUUACUGCUUUGAAAAAAGAGAAAAAAUGUUUAUUUGAUAAAUAAACAUUACUUUUCGCUUAAAUUAAAUGUUCAAACUUCUAAUAGGUAGGUGGUUGGAAGCUUUAACAUUGAAUUUAAGCGAAAAACAAUAUUUAUUUAGCAAAUAAAUAUUUUUUGAUGUUUUCUGGCAACAGUAAAAUGAUGUAUUUUGAAUUAAGUAAAUUACAUACCUACAUUCUCCUUUUUAUGUCAAUUAAUUUAAUUCAAUAAUUUUUUUGUACCCUUUAUACAAAAUUAUUUUAAUGUUUGAAGCAAUAAAUGUUUAUUACACUAAAUAGAGAAUUGAACAACCUUUUAAAUAAGCGAGCACACGAUCCUAUUCUUAUUUAAAAAAAUCAUCGCUAUAUACGCCAAAAAAGCAUAAUCUAAAAAUUAAAAAUGACCUAUUUCGGGAUUUUUCUCCAAAGUCACCCAUUCACAAAAAAAUUAUUUUAUUUCAACUUUUACGCGCUCACUAUAUAUUAUAUAAAAGACCAAAUAAAUAAAUAGUACCUAUCUAUGUAAAGUUCUAUGAAGGCUUUAAAAAUAUAAGAUUACUUGGUUACUUGGCCGCGUCCGUAAUAUAGAGGUGACCAUAGAUACCAGUUCAUAAAUAUAAGGGAAUCUACAUAAUAUAAUUAGUUUGGAGAAUUUUAAACUGGCCGUUAGUAUAAAUGGCCGAUUUUAACAGGUGGCCGUUAACACAGGUUUUAUAGUAUUAUAAAUGGCUUAAAAAAUCUACUGAUGGCUACUGAUUUUUUGAAAGCAAAACUACUGACGACAUCAAAACUGACCUGGCAACCCUGUGUCACUGUCGCUUUACGGUACAUAGUACAUACACAGACAGAAAUAAAGUUUUUUUGUUUUAUAAGAAAUAAAAACAACUUUUUUUAUUUCUCUAUGAUGCUGAAGCGAAGCAUCACGUUUGAUCCUUUGGGAUAAUGUGUUGGGAUCAGAUUCUAUCCCGGAUCUUGAGGCUAUGAUCGCGAGCGUCAAUAAUUGUUAACUUAACCUUCGAGAAAUUUUAGUAGUAAAGUAACGAAACGAGUAACCAGGUAACUUCCUCUACUUAUGUAGGGAUGUUCGAUAUUCACCAAAGUAUGUUAGCUUCUGUAUCGAUACCCUAUGAUAUCGUAAUCAAAAGUAUCAUACAAAAUAUCGACAUUUUUAUUUUGACAUGUACGUAUGCGCAGUAUGGUGUCCGUCCCUUAUUUUUGUCCUGUAAUAAAAUGCAGGCCAGAGGCCACCUGGCCCAUCCACCAAUAUUAAUUUACGCUGUGUCUAGGUACACGCUAACGUGUAUGCAAAUAAAAAAGUUAGGUACACGCGAAUUAAAUUUCAUCAAGCUAGUGACGUCAUUAUUUAGCGUGCACAGUGACUGUAUAUUUUGGUACACGCUAUUUUGAUAAGUUUAGUGUUUGAUAGAAAAAUAUUUGUUAUUAAGGGAUAAGGGAAGGGAAGCAGAACUAUUCAGAUAUUUCAAACUUAAUUGUAAUAAAUCAAUGUGUACCUAUAUAUUGUAUAAAAGUAUAAUAUACUAUUAUAUAUUAUUAUAUUCAUAUAUUAAUAUAUUCAGGUUAUCAAAAUAAAUAUUCAGUUGACAUGGCAUGUAUGUACAAAAUACUGUUAAAAUAAUUUUUAUACGUAAACGUAAGUUUAUAACAGUUUAUAAACAUAAACCAAUGCUGUUGUUUUUAUUUCUAUUUAUACAGGGAGUUGAACUUGUUACGAUUUUCAUACAAAAUUGGUUAUAACUUUGUAAAUACCCUGUAUAACAUACCCAACCUUUAUAUUUUUGUGAUGGGGAAGUUAAGAAGAUUUCGAACAUAAAAUAAAAUAUAGGGUGUUCCAUUUAAAAAAAAACAUAAUUUUGGUCUGCCACUAUGUUAUCGAACGCCCUGUAACAUUCUAAUUAAUUUUGUACCAUGAAGCUCAAAGUUUGCUACAAUUUUUGUUACUAACUAUUAUUGCUAUCUAUAACUAUAGCGGAUCUACUUAGCUUUAUCACACUAAUCAAUCGCCCUGUAUAUAUUUAUCUUAAAACAUCUGCUACCCUUAAUCACGAAUUUUUGUCUCAUUUAUCUUUUUCAUACUGUUUUAAAAUAUUGUUAAACGCAUUAAAAGAACUAAAUAAUGGUCCACACUCCAUAAUUAAUUUAAAAACAAACACUAAAAUAAGAAAUAAAUAAAAAAAACAAACAAAUAAAAAUAAGAAAUCUCUUUACUAAUCAAUAUUAAAAUGUAAACACAACGCGAUUAGACAAAUGUGAACCUCACUCUGACUGACGCUCGCGGUAUUCUCAAGUUAGCGUGUACGCAAAAAACCAGUAACAGUGCACGCUAAAUAGUGACGUCACUGACUUGAUGACGUUUCGCGUGUACCUAACUUUUUUAUUUGCGUACACGUUAGCGUGUACCUAGACACAGCGAUUAAUUUAAGGAAAAUAAUGGACAAACUUUGGAAGGAAAAUAAAGAACAAAGAAUUCUCCAAACCGGUGUUGCAAAAUGUACCACAUAAAAUAAGGGGUUGAAUUUUCGAUACGAUAUUAUGAUUCGGUGUAUCGAUACCAACUAAUGUAUCGAUACAAAAUAUUGAGUAUCGAUACCUCAAAGUAUCGAACAUCCCUACUUUCCUGAUACUGUUGAUUUUUAUUUUUUAUUGCAAAAUUUUUUAAACUUCAGGUGUUCCUAAAUUGUAUUAUAACCGGGACAAAAUGCAGAUUUUAGCGCUCUCAUGGCUAACUCUCAUGUAUCGCCUUUAAAUAACUAUUUUUUUAAAUCAUCGUUACUCGUUAUACACACAUAUUUUAGUUCUUUUCUAUUUGGUGCUUUCAGAAUAGUUAUUCAUGUAGACCCAAGAGUUGAAGAACAAUAACGUUGUAGCAUGUUGUAGAUAAAAGCUUUCUGGGAUAAACAAUUUGAAAGUUUCAAUUACUGUUAAGUGAAACAUCUUGAAAUGUUCAACUCUCAUUUUUAAGAAUUUUCGGUGCUACUAGAGUAUGCGGUCUAAUAUCGCAUUAUUUAUCAAACGCAUAAAUAAAAAUUUUAAUUUUACAAAAAUAAUCCUUUGUUAUAAUAUCUAUUCACUAUUUUAGUUGGAAAUAAGCUAAUUUUGUGGCUUAUUCCCAAUUAAAAUAAUAAAUUGAUAUAACAAAAAGUAUUAACUUGUAAAAUUAGAAUUAUUUAUGCGUUUUACUCACUAAAGAUUAAAAAUAUUAUGGAAUGAUUUAGCCACACAGUGCCAACAAAAAAAUCUUUACAAAGUGUAAAAAUUAUUAUUUUAAUUUUACAAAUUAAUCCUUUGUCACACUAAUUUACUAUUUUAGUUAGAAUGUUUAGUUUAGAAAUUUUAUUAGUUUUUUGGUAGGCCGGCGCAGGAUUUUUGUUUGUUUUUAUUUAUCUUUCUUGAGGAGAAGUGUUUAUUAAUCUAUUUAUCUUGCUGAUGCCUGACUCCGGUUAAAGUGUUUAUCUUCGAUUUCAACUUCAUGGAUUCUUCAGAUAGGGUUACGUGUUUAUUUUGUCAGAAUAUAGUUUCAGGUGUUGUUGGAACAAUUAAAGAAGUUUGAGAUAUUGUUUACUGUAAUAAAGUGAAUUUCAAUGUUGUGUAGACACACACAUUUGUUCUGCUUAGACGCAUACGCUAAUACGAAAAAAAUUUGCAAUUAAAACUAUACAUAUUUUGUUUAUAGAAAUUAAAUCUAUAAUAUCUCCUCCUUGUCGUUUUGAGAAAAGAAAAACAAAAAAAAGUAGUUUUAGCAUAAAACCACUGCGAAUCAUCAGCACCUUAAAAAAUGUGCUUGUAUCAUUUUGGGUAGUUGGUGUAAAGUGGUUGUUACCCCUUUAGUAUUAUUUUGUUUUAAGUGGAAAUGUUUUAAAUAAUUUAUUGUUUUUAAAUUGUUUUCUUCUAAGCUUGUAUGUCUGUGUGAUAUGUAAAUAAUUUUAAAUAUAGUGUUUUAUUUAUCUUA